AAACCCUUAUGGUAUGUUAUGACUUAUCCUGACUAAUUUUUCUUCCCCCAAAAUCUUACAUAAACCCUAAAACUUUCUCCCUUCCCAAUUUCCCAAUCUCCAAAAGAUAUACAAAUUUAAAGAAAAAAAUGAUAAAGAGAAGAUUUUACAGAGCAGAGCAUAAUGAGAAAGACAAAGGAUCAUCUGGGUCUUCUUCUUCGUCAUCGGAUUCUGAGAUUGAAGUUCGGAGCUCCGACGAUUCAGAUAAUGAACCAUCAAAUCCAGAACCCGAACCUGAUUCCAAUGUUGAAGCUGAGAUUAAUGCUGAUAAUGAUGAACCUAAACACUCUUCAUCUUCCUCAGGAUAUGAGAGUGAAGAUAGCUCUGCUUAUGAAAUAGAGGCUGAUUCAGCUGGUAUACCUGGAAACGACGACGACAGUGCAUCUGAAAAAGAUGGAGACAAACAUAAUGCGAGUCUCUUAUCAAGCGAAGAGAAUGGUGAAAUAACAGAGAAGCAGGGGAAAGAUAAUCCAUCUGUGGAUGAUCUUCCAUCAUGUGUCUUGAGAAGCAAAUCGGUUUAUAAAUGCAGGCUUUGCCCAAAAAUUGUCUGUCUCAAUGAAGAGAGUUUAAAGGGCCACCUCAAAUCCAAGAGACAUUCAAGAUCAGAGAAAUUACUCAAUGAAGGAAGAUUAAAGCGUAUACUUAAUAGUGACGGGGAGGAGGAAGAACUUUCUGAUGAAGAUGGCGAGACUCAUGCUGAAAGACAUGCAAGAAUUCUUGCUAUGGCACAGGACGCGUCCAAGAAAAAAGGCACAGGGAGGCAACGACAAAGACUACGAUUGAAGAGAAAGAUGCAACGAAAAUCUUCAAACAUACCGAAUUCUGGACAACAGACUGAGAAUCGUGCUAAGAGAAGAAAAAACGUCGAUUGAUCUUCUGAGUUGUACUCGGGAAACGGUGCUGUUACAUGAGGCAGAGUAAAUGAGCUGUAGUGAUGGAUGCAAGCUUAAACCAGGUAUUCAUACGCUGUUUUUAGGAUCCGACUUGAUAUUCCAAAGUUCCCAAUGUAACAAUCAGUUUUGUUUUGUUGUUUUGAAUGUCCGCAAUCUGUUAUUUAUGUAUCAUUCUGGUUUUGUGAAUGGAGUGUUGAGAAAGCAUGUUGCAAUU